UAGAUGAGUUGAAGAUUUACCAAUCCAGACUUGAGAUUCAAAUGAUGAGGACAAAAAUCUUGUUAGGUUCAUAUUCUUUUAAAAAAUACUUACAAUAUAUUGUUUGAGGGUUUAACACUUUUUAAAUGAUUAAUAUAAAAAUUUUUUUGAAGCAAUUCAAGACAAACAGUUAAACUUGCAAAUCCCUCCAUUUUCUUUAUAUCGAAGCCGCGCACAGUCAAAUUCACUCUCACUCUUUUUAAAUUUUUGUUAUUUAUUGAUUCAUCUCAUUCAUCUUUCAAAGCCCAAAAUCUCAACUCAUAAACCCUAGCAACAAUGGAGUGGAACCCUCAGACCCUCCAAUUCCUCUCCGAAUGCUUCCUACACACCCUCUCACCGGCGCCGGAGCCACGCCGCCGCGCCGAAUCCUCCUUAGCCGAAGCCGCCGACCGCCCCAACUUCGCCCUCGCCGUCCUCCGCCUCGUCGCCGAGCCCUCCAUCGACGACCAGAUCCGCCAAGCUGCCGCCGUCAACUUCAAGAACCACCUCCGUCUGCGGUGGGCCUCCGACGACGCCCCCAUCACGGAGCCCGAGAAGGAGCAGAUCAAAACCCUAAUCGUCCCUCUCAUGCUCUCCGCCACUCCCAAAAUCCAAGCACAGCUCAGCGAAGCCCUAGCCCUAAUUGGCAAUCACGAUUUCCCCAAAUCGUGGCCCUCUUUGCUCCCCGAGCUCGUCGCCAGCCUCCAGAAGGCCUCUCAGGCCUCCGAUUACGCUUCCAUUAACGGUAUUCUUGGCACCGCUAACUCAAUUUUCAAGAAGUUUAGGUUUCAGUACAAAACCAAUGAUUUAUUGCUUGAUUUGAAGUACUGUCUCGACAAUUUUGCCGCUCCUUUGCUUGAGAUUUUCCUCAAAACCGCGUCGUUGAUCGAUGCUGGCACCGCGAACCUGCGGCCACUCUUCGAGUCGCAGAGGCUAUGCUGUAGGAUAUUUUUCUCGUUGAACUUUCAGGAGCUUCCUGAGUUUUUUGAGGAUCACAUGAAAGAGUGGAUGACUGAGUUUCGAAAAUAUCUCACUACUAGUUACCCUGCUCUCGAGAGUAGUGGUGCCGAUGGUAUUGCUCUCGUGGAUGAGCUUAGGGCUGCGGUUUGUGAGAAUAUUAAUCUUUACAUGGAGAAGAAUGAGGAGGAGUUUCAGGGCUUCUUGAAUGAUUUUGCACUUGCUGUUUGGACUUUGCUAGGAAAUGUGUCCCAGUCAUCUAGCCGUGAUCGGCUUGCUAUCACGGCGAUCAAGUUUUUGACCACGGUUAGCACUAGUGUUCACCAUACAUUGUUUGCUAGUGAUGGGGUUAUACCGCAGAUUUGCCAGUGCAUUGUGAUCCCUAAUGUGAGGUUGAGGGAAGACGAUGAGGAAUUGUUUGAGAUGAAUUAUAUUGAGUUUAUAAGGAGGGAUAUUGAAGGGAGUGAUCUUGAUACUAGGAGGAGGAUUGCUUGUGAGCUACUCAAGGGUAUUGCGACGCAUUAUGGAGAAGCUGUCAAAAACAUUGUUUCUGCACAGAUACAAAGUUUGUUGAGUUCGUUUGCUGCAAACCCAGCGGCAAAUUGGAAGGACAAGGAUUGUGCUAUAUAUUUGGUAGUCUCUCUUGCAACCAAGAAGGCUGGAGCUAGUUAUGUCUCCACGGAACUCGUUGAUGUUCAAAGUUUUUUUGAGUCUGUGAUUGUCCCUGAGCUGCAAAGUUCAGAUGUGAACGGGUAUCCUAUGCUUAAGGCAGGUGCACUCAAAUUUUUUACUAUGUUCCGGACUCAAAUAUCGAAGCAUUUAGCUUUGAAGUUUUUCCAAGAUUUGGUUCGUUUCCUUGCUGCAGAGUCUAACGUUGUUCAUUCCUAUGCGGCAAGCUGCAUUGAAAAACUGUUGUUGGUAAGGGAUGCGGGGGGUAUAGCACGUUAUACUUCGGCUGAUAUCAAUCCAAUUUUCCCAGUGUUGAUGAACAAUCUUUUCAGUGCCUUGAAGCUCCCAGAGUCUGAAGAGAAUCAAUAUGUAAUGAAAUGUAUUAUGAGGGUUCUUGGUGUUGCAGAAAUAUCUGUUGAUGUUGCUCGUGUUUGCAUUGAGGGGUUGGCCUCUCUUCUUGCUGAAGUUUGCAAAAAUCCAAAAAAUCCCAUCUUCAAUCACUAUCUCUUUGAGUCAGUAGCCAUUCUUGUGAAGCGGGCUUGUGAGAGGGACUCAUCACUUGUAUCUGUUUUUGAAGCAAGCCUCUUUCCUAGGCUUGAAAUAAUAUUGUCCAAUGAUGUAACUGAGUUUUUCCCAUACACAUUUCAGUUGCUUGCUCAGCUCGUUGAGUUAAACAGACCACCUAUCCCACCAAUCUACAUGCAGAUAUUUGAGAUUCUACUGUCACCCGAAUCAUGGAAAAGAGCCCCAAAUGUUCCUGCCCUUGUGCGUCUACUCCAGGCCUUCCUUCAAAAGGCACCAAAUGAGAUUAGCCAAGGGGAUAGACUGACCAAAGUGCUUGGCAUAUUUGACACACUAAUUCAAUCUUCAAGUUCAUCCGAACAAGGAUUUUAUGUGCUGAACACUGUCAUUGAAAGUCUUAACUAUGAUGCCAUUAAACCUUAUAUCUCUCAUAUUUGGGCUGCUCUUUUUAGAGAACUCCAGAAAAGGCGAACAGUAAAGCUCAUCAAGUCUCUUUUGAUAUUUAUGUCACUCUUUCUCAUUAAACACGGUUCUUCAAAUGUUGUUGAUACUAUGAACAAUGUCCAGCCUGAUAUAUUUAUUGUGAUUCUGAAUCAGUUCUGGAUUCCUAAUCUUAAGCUGAUUGUUGGAGAUAUAGAGCUGAAAUUGGCUGCAGUUGCUUCAACCAGACUCAUCUGUGAGUCGCCAGUUCUUCUGGAUCCUGCAGCUUCUGUAUCCUGGGGUAAGAUGGUGGACAGUAUUGUAACACUUCUUUCCCGGCCAGAACAAGAUAGGGUUGAGGAGGAACCUGACAUGCCAGAUAUAACAGAGAAUGUGGGUUACACUACCACCUUUGUUCGUCUCUAUAAUGCUGGAAAGAAGGAGGAAGAUCCACUUAAAGAUAUAAGAGAUCCCAAGGAGUUUUUUGUUGCUUCAUUGUCCCGACUUUCUGCACUAUCUCCUGGGAGGUACCCUAAGGUUAUCAGUGAAAACGUUGAUCCUGCGAAUCAAGCAGCAUUGCUUCAGCUUUGCAGCACUUAUAAUCUCUCAAUAGUUUGAGAUCUUGUGCUGGAAUACGAAAGGGUGUUAUUGGCCGGGUCCCGUGUUCUGCAACAUUUAUGAGCUAGCUGAGAGUGCUUCUUGCAUUACAACAAAUAGGUUUCAACGACUAUUAUCAUCAUCCAUUUUUACCGGUGCAUCGAUCAUAUGCUACGAUGAACUGGAUUUUCUUUUAGUCCCAUCUCCAAUAUUUUAACAAUGUGAUUGAAGUGCCAUUUGAUCUGUUGGGAUUUUAAUGUAAAUUUUUUCAUGCUCCCGGAUUCCCAUUUUUACUGCAGUUUCACUUGUUCAGCAUGCCAGUGAGCAAAUUGUAAUGGAUAUUUGCGAUCAAUUUUGAGUAAACUUGCAUGUUAAAGCAAAUUUUAUAUCAAACUAUUAUUUUUGUCGGGAAAACAUGGAGUGAUAAUGGGAACACACUGCAAAGAGAAAACAACUGAAGUCACAUGAUUUAUGUAAUUUGGCACCUCUUAUCUAUGGUCACAAACGUUUCC